GUAAUUUGAAGCUCGGAAAAACUUGCCAAAAUAUUAAACGUGUAAAUUUAUUUAUGAAAAUUAAACAUGGGUUCGGUGAGGAUAUUAUAUGUUUUGGCUGUUUGUUGGUUAGUCGCAGUAGAGGCGGGCCCUAAGGAGAACCAUUUGAAAAAGCAUAAUGAGUUGAGAAGAAGGCACGGCUCCCCGGAUCUGAUAUUAGAUGACAAACUCUCGGCUCAAUGCGAAGCUUAUGCAAAAAUAUUAGCCAAAAAACGACAGUUGAUUCAUUCAACUGACGCCAAAAAAUAUGGUGAAAACUUGUGUAUGCGAUCGUCAAAGCCAAUGCGAUGCGAUCAGAUGUGGUACGAUGAGAUCGCGUUAUACGACUAUGAUAACCCAGGCUUUUCCAUGAGUACUGGGCAUUUCACCGCUCUAGUUUGGAAGAAUACAAAAAUAUUCGGUUACGGCCAAGCCCAAGAUAAACAUGGGUUCUACUGGGUGGUAGCUAGGUAUUAUCCUCCCGGCAAUUAUAGAGGAGAGUAUGAGGAAAAUGUUCCAAGGCCGCUCUACGGAAAGGUAGACUAUGGUACUGGAGGGUCGGCCCUGAGAAUUUCCAGCUCUGCUACUCAACAAAGUCAAGUAAACACGAUUCUCAAAUCAUUUUCCUGGUGGCGGUACUUCAUAAAUAUCGUUAAGCAGUUUUUGUGCCUGCACUGGUUGUAAAUUUGUCUUUUCAAACAAACCAUUUUGCUUUUGAAUGUCUUUGUGCAGUUUUGGCAAAACUAUGCUAACUCAGUUUUGCCCAAUCUGCACAAAGAAAUCAAAUUUUGCCUGUAAUUGAUUAUAACUAAAUCUUUUG